AUGACGCGCGUCGCGUUAUCGCUCGCGCUGACGAUAUCCCUGCUCGCGACCGUCGCGGUGGCGCUGACCUACGAUGACGUCGCGGAGGCGUCUCGUUAUCUUCGAACCUACGGCUUUCUGCAGAACGAGGAGAAUCAUCAGCAGUCGUCGCUAUUGGACAACGCGACCGCCCUGAGCGAAGCGCUAUCAUUGUUUCAGGAAUACUACGGUCUGCCGGGAAACAGCGUUCUGACCGUGGAAACGAUUCGCGUCAUGCGCAGGCCGCGAUGCGGCGUCGAGGACAUUCACGCUUACAGCCCGUUGACGAGAAAGUGGCCGAGGACGCAUCUCACGUGGAACUUCAAACUAGCGAACAGAGAUACUCUGCGCACGACUCAGAGCGCGUUUGCUCUGUGGUCCGAGCAAUCCUCUCUGACGUUCUCGCGCGACCCGCUGCGCCCCGAUAUACUGAUAUCCUAUCAAUCCGGCGCUCACGCGUACGAGAACAGCGACAACGGGGGCCUGGUCAGCGCACAUCACGCUGACCAGGCCCCCGUCGGACAGGCUAGACCCUCGGGCGAUAUCGCGAUAUUCGCCGGCGAUUACGUCUACCUCGCCGAUUCGAAUUUUCAUCUUAAAGCGGGAUGGCCUAGAUCCGUCGAAUACGUCGAAUUUCCCCGCGACGCUAGAAUAAACGCCGCGAUAAACACGCACGUCAGGCGCAGCUACGUCAUAUACAACGACGAUAAAAUAGCCGAGAUAAAUGACUGCGCGAUGACCGUCGCGAGGCACAACGCUCUGCGGGAUAUGUUUUCCGGGAUACCAUUCGCGAUAACGGCGGCCUUUCGCCACGUCGACGGUAAUCUCUAUUUUCUGAAGAAACGCGAGUAUUACGCGUACAGCGAGUUCAUCGACGCGAUAACGGCCCGUCCCUUCGAUCUUAGUAUACUGGGAAUAGAAUGCCCCGCCGAUGGCAUUCUGCAUCGAUUGAGCGAACUCGUCUCCAAGCUGUAUCGUCUGGAAUACGCGUCCUUCGAAAGACCGCGCAACGACGACGACGAUGACGACUAA